ACGGUGGGCCAAGCACUGUAGCUUUCCGUCCUAAUGAAAAUAGCAAAGUGUGCACACUGUGCAGUGUCCUUGUAUUCUGUCAGAGAGCGGAGGUGUCGCAGUCAGCAGCCUAUACCGGAGAGAGGGUAAAGUGCCCGGCCUGGAGUGCCACUGUCAUCGGACGUCAGGAACCAGAAAGUCCCGUGCCUCUGACUGACUGAUCCCCCGGUUUGUGGAGCCGCUUUCUCCUUGGAUGACCUACACGCAACCUCUCACAGGAGCAGCGGCCGUCGCUUCGUAGCCUACAUCUGAACACCUGCUGGUUAGGAGGCGCAGCGGGCUGCCUGUUAAUAUACAACUCCCAACCAGGCAAAAAUAACGAGUCUCUUGCAAGCGUCAGGCCGACUCUGGAGCAGCUAAUCUGGGGAACAAAAUAAGACGCGUCGCGAAUUUCUUUUCCAACAUCGUGGCUGCGUCAGGAGGAGCGGACAGCGGACUAAAAAGUUGGGAGUUGACGGUCAAUGUGCGCACCUGAUACGUAAGAAGACAAAGACAGGUCCUUUUAAACACAGACACUACAGAAUACCUUGGCGUUCACAUGAUGUACACAAUCACCAGAGGUCCCAGCAAACUUGUUACACAACGGAGGACAGGUCCCACGCAACAAAUCGAGAGCAAAUUCAGCGACUUGAAGCUCAAGCCGACGUCUUGGCUCUCAUCAAACUCUCCGCCCCCAAAGAUUGUGUUCAAUCGUCUGAACGGGAAGCGCUACCACGGUGCAGCCACACAGAAGACCGCCAGCCCAGCAGAGGGAUUCACUCCUGCACAUGAAGAGAACGUCCGAUUUGUGUAUGAAGCGUGGCAGGAGGUGGAGCAGAAGAUGGGAGAUGGGGAAGGUGGGGAGUCAACUGCCAGCCAGGGGCCCGUUCAGUACACUGAGAAGACUCCCAGUGCUGCGAUGAAGAACUUUGUGCCCAUCGACCUGGAGGAGUGGUGGGCUCAGCGCUUCCUUGCCAACAUUGCCAACCUGUCCUGACCGGCUGAGGCUUUGAGGCGGGACAGGAAGCACGGCGUCGAUGCUCCGCCGUGAGGGCAUCACGAGGGUGGAGAGGAAGUGAGGCGAGCAAGUCUCCGGUAUCUGCGGUGAAAAAGGGUCGUGCGUAAUUAGGAAUCUGAUUUGAUGCCCUGUGCUUCAUGCUGCUGUAGAUGCAACAACAGUGACCUAACUGAACUGUGACAGCGCCGACUCGAGGUUGUGCUGUUGUGAAGGACCCGUCUCUCUCGACGUGAAUGACGUAUCUGAGAGAAGUUGGGAGAACCCUGCAUUCUUUCUCAAGUGUUCUCGGCUGUAUGUACGUCUUGGCUGAUCUUUGGAUAUAAAUCUAUUGAAGAGCAAAAAAAAAAAAAAAAAAAAGUAAA